UUUUGGCUGCGGCAAGCGCUUUGUCCGCCCUGGGGCCUGGCGCUUGUUGGCGCCGCGCGUCGAGAUAGCUAUCGGUUGUAUCACAGCCGAGAACGGCGCGAGAACUCGGGCGUCGCUCGGGGGCCUCGGAGCUUUUCUAUGCUUCAAGGCUGCUGGGGAGUCUAAUAUUCUUUUCUAGUAUGCAACAAACCGCUAGCUUUGUUUUGUGCAGACACGGACCGGGUCUCCGGGGAGGGCUGCCGUCGGCGGGCCGAGGGGCUCCCCGGUUCCAUGCCCCACCCCCCCCCUGUUUUUGUGGUGGCAGCAGAGAGAGGCAGCGCCCAUCUGGGCAGAGGCUCGAAUAAACCGCAGCUCGUCUUGAAGCGAGGGAAGAAGUCGUGCGCGGGGCGGCCGGCCCGGCGUCUCGCCACACGUGCAAGCCGCAACAAGGGCAGCGCACACGGACAUAACCCCCCAUAGCCUAGCGCGUAGCGCAAAGAUGCCGCAGCAGGACAUGAGCGUGCGGGACGAGGACCAGCUCGCCCGGGACCAGAGCCUCGACCAGCUCAAGGACCAGCUCAGGGCGAGUCUCGGCUACGAGGGCGGCGCCGACGGCCUCGUCUCGAUGGAGAGCGGCGAGCUCCACCGGUUCAUGGGCGAGCUCGGGGACAAGAUCGCCGAGCACGACCGCCUGAUCGUGGCGCCGCCCUGGCUGGCGAAGCUGCAGGCGCAGGUCGCCCGGCUCGAGGGGGAGGUCGUCGACCUGCGCGGCAGCCUCGCGGAGUCCCGGGCCGAGGUCCUCGAGCUCCGGAGCGCGCUCCAGGCGCGGCCCGUCUCGCCCGAGCACGGCGCGGCGCCCGCGCCGGCGGCGUCCGCCGAGGCGCCGCCGCCGCCCGCCGCGCCGCCGGCCGCGGCCCUCGAGGCGCUCGAGCGGCGCCUGCGGGGCGACCUCGUGGCGCACCCGCAGCUCGACCGGCGGCUGGUCGCGCUGCACCACGCGGUCGAGCGCGCCGACGAGGUCGCGAAGCUGGACGUCAAGGCGCAGCUCGUGACCUUCGGCAUCGAGCUCGACCGCCUGCGGAAGACGGUGGAGAUCGCGCCCUCCGCGGGGGAGAUCCAGGCGCUCAAGGACAUGUACGGCGGCAAGCUCAAGGCCCUCAAGACCUUCCUGUCCGAGAAGCUCACGAAGAUCGAGCGCGACGUGCGCAUGGAGGCGAGCGCGGACGCGACGCGCAUCGAGACGGCGCUCGUCGAGGGCGAGGCCAAGUCCAACGAGGAGCUCGAGGCGCUGCGCGACCAGGCGACGGCCCUCGGGGAGGCCCUCGAGGCCCUCCGCGACGACGCGCGGCGGCAGCACGGCGUCCUCGACCAGCGCAUCACGGCCGACCGGCAGGACGUGGACGCGCAGCUCGAGGAGGCGCGGGCGGACGGCCGCGAGCUGCAGGACGCCAUGAAGGAGACCGAGGACCUCGUGCAGGGCCUGCAGCGCAACCUCGACGAGGCGGGCGAGCGCGAGGCCGAGGUGCGCGCGCUGCUGGACGACGCCGCGCGGGAGCGCGACGAGACGAAGGCCGAGGUCCAGGACGACUUCCAGAAGCUCCGGCAGGCGCUCAAGGGCGUCGAGGGCCGCUGCCAGCGCAUGACCAAGGACGCGGAGGCCGUCGAGCGCCGCGUCGACGGCGCCGAGCAGAAGCUCGACCAGACCCAGAAGCGGUCCACGGCCCACGGCGCGCAGCUCAAGGACGCCGCGAAGCGCCUGGACCAGCUCGAGGCCGACCUCGAGGUCGUGACGGAGACGGACCUCGAGGACCUCCGGGCGGACCUCGCGGCCCACAAGGAGGCGUUUGCGUCGUACGCGGACGCCACCGCGGCGCGCCUCGACGAGCACGCCGCCGCGCAGCGGGCGACGGCCGCGACCGUCAAGGGCUACGAGAACGACGUCUACCACGUCUUCCCCGGCACGCUCCGGGAGCAGGACGCGGUCCUCGCGGCGAUGAAGAAGGACCUGGACGAGCGGGGCGCGCGUCAGGACACGUGGAACGCGGCGACGGCCGCCGCGCACACGGACCUCGCGGAGCGGACGGCGACCGCGCUGGCCGAGGCGGGCGGCGCGGGCGAGCGCGCGGCCCUGCGCCUCGCGACGCUCGAGCGCGCGGCGGAGGAGACCGCCGGGCGCGUCGACCGCCAGCUCGAGCACCUGCGGGAACUCGAGGGGACCGUCGCCGGGAACCACGGCGCCGUGACGACGGCCGUCGACGCGCUCGCGCGGGACUCGGAGACGCGCUUCGCGCGCCAGGAGGAGUCGUUCACGGAGGAGCUCGCGACGCUGCGGGACCACCUGAAGGCGCUCUUCGAGACGAUGGAGUACGAGAUGUCCCUCAAGAUCAAGCUGGCGCCGAACUCGCCCAUCCACCUGUCCGCGGAGGACCAGAAGCAGCUCCUGCGGCACCAGGCCAACGAGUGCGCCAAGGUCGCGAACCGCUUCGAGCAGCGCGCCGCGGACGACAAGGGGUGCCCCGCCGCGCUGCCGCGCGACAUGUGCCGCGCGAUCUCGCUGUCCACCGAGGCCAUGGCCGACUACAUCGCGCGGAAGGCCGACGUCUGGGCCGUGGAGCAGCAGAUCCACGGCGCGCCCGAGGACGUGGCGUACUCGGACGCGUCGGUCGAGCAGCGGCGCCAGCGCAUCUUCCGGAACUUCAUGGAGCUCGUGGGCGAGGAGAUCGCGAAGCGGCACCCGGACGCCGGGAGCCUGCGCCUCGAGGCGCGGCGGAAGGUAACGCAGAAGAUCGCCCAGGCGAUCGAGAUGUCCCUCUCCAAGUGCGACAUGGUCGGCGUCGUGGGCCACUCGCGGCUCCUCGCGCGCCGCCUGGACGUGCCGACCUGCGCCGCCUGCGACCGGCCCCUCAUCAACCGGAGGAACCCCUACCGGGGCCCGGAGCCGCCGGACGCGCCCCGCGAGGACGUGUCCCGGCCCGAGAGCUCCCUGGCCUUCGCCGUGCCGUCGGGCGAGAUGGACCGCGUCCAGUUCCGCGGCGCGACGCGCCAGGAGCGCGUCGACCCCCUCUACGCCAAGCAGCGCGACUACCAGCGCGAGAACGUGCGCCACAAGAAGGAGCGCAGCGACGACGCGGCCCACCGGCCGCGGACCGUCGUGCGCGGCGGCUUCCGCAUGCCCCAGGGCCUCGGGCUGUCCGAGGAGAUCCAGCAGCGCAUGUCGCCGAACACGAUCGAGGUCCAGCGGUCCGUCGACAAGGUCGACGAGCAGGACCCGAUGAUGCAGCUGCCGAGCAUCCCGGGCGGGUCGACGCACACGCUGCACACGCAGUCGCGAUAGUAAGUAAGUACUUCCUAGCACUCGGACUUUCCGCUGCCAGUGCUACUACUAGUACUUCCGAGUCACUUCCGAGUCCUCAUCCUAUGUGGUCUUCUCACAGCCGGACUGUACGCUUGAGCACUAAUUUAAUGAAUCCAAC